UGUUUAGUUCAGAUGGUCUAUUCAGGCUACUCCUUCUUGCAGAAAUAAAUAAACGACUUAUCUGUGGACCCAGAAGAGUGUGACUCCUCAUACAGAAACCCGAAACUAACAAGCUCUGACGUUGUCACCUUGUUUAUUGGUCAUGCUAUGCAAAUUUGUUUUCACUCACUGCAAAAACAAGUUUCUAACUAAAAUAAUAAUGUUCUGAAAUUGACAAAGCAAAACUAGCUACAACACUGCUACUACAGUACUUUCAUCCGGUAAGUGAAAAGAAUUUAUGUUAAGUUUUUGCUCUGUUGAGUCUAUGUUCUUCGAAGUAACCUAUCUACAUGGUCUCCUUGGCGUCUCAUGAAAACACCACUGCAUAAAUGUUCCCAUAACAUUCCUGGAAUCUCGGAACCUUUCGGUAUUUUCAUAUGCACGCACCGCGGAUCUGUUUUAACUUUUGUGUCGUAUGUUUGCAUUGUCGCCCCAGGUCCCCAAUUGUUUGUUUUCAUUGCGUUCUUUACUAUUACUACGCAUGUAUGACAAAAAUAACCUAUAAAGAAUUGAAAAUAAAGUAAAACUAUGUGAACUCGAUACCAUAUAAAAAGUGCACUCGGGUAACGUAACAAGACAAUUUGAAAAUGUCUUCUAGUAGUGAAGACGAAGACUCGUUUAUAAACUCAAAUGAAAGCGAUGAUGAAGAUGACUACUACGAUUAUAAUGACGUAGAUGAAGAUGCGAUUUCACAAGAGGAGGUUGAUUUGGAUCCCGAAGCAUUUGAGUACCGUAUUAUCACUGAGUUUGAAGCCGAGGAAAUGUUUGAUGAUUGUGUCGAAAAUUUGGCAAAAAGACUUAAAGAAUCAAGAUAUGUUACUAGACUGUUAUUGACAGCAAAUGACUGGGAUGAAUCUACUGUUUUUCUCAAGUACAACACAAAUCGUAAACAAUUGUUUUCUGAUGCAAGGAUCAUUUCCAUGAAUGUCACUCAUUCACCGCAGAGAAACCAUGAGUGUCAAGUCUGUUUUCAAAGCAUCAAAUCUUUAGUUGAUUUUGGGACAUUGUGUAAGCACAAGUUCUGUCGUGACUGUUGGCUGGCUUAUAUUUCAGUGCAGUUGGAGAAUGGUUUGGGUUUAGGAAUUGAAUGUAUGAUGUGCAACAUCCUUGUUGGACCUGAUAAUCUUCUUAAUCUUGGAUUAAGUGCAAAGGAUUUAAAGCGCUUUAAAUCUUUCCUAUUGAAAGAUCAGAUUAGGAGUCAUCCUUUGUUCCAGUGGUGUCCAGGACCAAACUGUUCAGCCAUAGCUAAAGCUGAAACAAGGGAGGCAAAACGAACAGUUUGUACCAAGUGUCAUGCUAUAUUUUGUUUCCAGUGCGGUCAAGACUAUCACGCGCCUGCAGAUUGUCGUGUGAUAAAAAGAUGGUUGACGAAAUGUCAAGACGAUUCAGAAACUGCAAAUUAUAUUGAAGCAAAUACAAAAGACUGUCCCAAAUGUACGAUAUGCAUCGAAAAAAAUGGAGGUUGUAAUCACAUGCAAUGCUACAAAUGUCAAUACGAGUUUUGUUGGAUGUGUCUGGGAAACUGGAACGAGCACAAUCGUGAAUACUAUGAGUGCAGUAUUUAUAAAGAAAAUCCAUCGAUGGUGAAAAAGAAAUCUGGAACGCUGAAAGCUCGAGAGGCGUUAACGAAAUAUCUUUUUUACUAUGAACGAUGGCACAAUCAUGGUGCUAGUUUACGACUUGAAGCGCAAACUAGAGACAAGAUUGAUAAAAAAAUCCAGGAAAAGGUCAACAAUAGCAUUGGUACAUGGAUUGAUUGGCAGUACCUCCUAGAUGCCGCAGCUUUACUUGCUAAGUGCAGAUACACGAUUAAGUACACCUAUCCUUUUGCUUAUUACUUGGAAGAUGAGAGAAAAGACUUGUUUGAAUAUCAACAAGCACAACUUGAACGGGAGAUCGAGAAUCUCUCGUGGAAACUGGAACGAGAGGAGCUCUAUAAUCGAGGCGACUUUGUCAACCAAAUGGACGUGGCCGAAAAACGACGUCGAACAUUGUUGAAAGAUUUCUAUAUUUCAUAAUACCCGGACAAGACCUGUUUGUAAAUAGACUUUAAGUAAAAAGCGAUUUAACCGUCCGUUCAUGAAGUGGAGAUUUGAAGUGGAGAGUUAUACGUACUGCUCCAGAGGCUCUACGGCUUAUGAAACAAAAUAAGAAAUAAACUUGAACGGGACUUUAUGAUGAACCAAUGUCUUUAAAAGCCAUUGUAACAAGUUAACAAAGUAUA